UCCGCUUCUGUGGUUCAGAAUUUUUGGUUCAGACGCUAAGAAGAGGAUGGCUGAUUUACUAGGACUGCUGGUCUCACGUCUGACGGUCAUUGCAGUUUGCUUUCAUUCCUUCUGUGCAUUAGACCAAUGCAACGAGGAAGUGACUCGUCUGAGGGAGCAAGAGAAGCUUCUAGAAAGUCGGCUUCGUGAGCAAGAACUCCUCCAGAGCAGACUGCGACUGUUCAACCAAGCCGGCAACGAGCCAAAUACCGGAGUGGACCAGAAUCUCCAAGCGCAGCACCAAGACUGCUCUCAGAUCUACACUUCUGGCCUCAAGUCCAGUGGGUACUACAACAUCCACCCUCAUGGCUCCACUGCUGCAGUCAGGGUGUUCUGUGAUAUGAGUGAUGGAGGCGGUUGGACGGUGGUGCAAAGACGCAUCAACGGAGCAGAGAAUUUUACCAGAUCAUGGGUGGAAUAUAAAAGUGGUUUUGGAAACAUGGCCGCAGACCUUGGAGAGUUUUGGCUUGGUAAUGACAACCUGCAUGACAUCACUGCACACGGUAAUUACACACUGAGAAUUCAUUUGGAAGACUUUGACGGUACCCAACGUCACGCUGAGUAUAGGAACUUUAAAGUGGCAGAUGAAAAGGAUUUCUACCGACUCACCUUUGGAGCGUAUAGUGGCACGGCGGGAGACGCUCUGUCUGGGAACUACCAGGUUGACGUGUCUAAGUGGGCCAGUCAUCAGGGAGUUCCAUUCAGCACAUAUGACAAGGACAAUGACAACUACCGAGGCAACUGUGCACAAGAAGAUAAAGGAGGCUGGUGGUUCAAUAAGUGCCACUCAGCCCAUCUGAAUGGCCAGUACUACCAUGGUGGGUACUACAGUGGGCUGACUGACGAUGGCGUGGUUUGGUACACCUGGCGAGGAUGGUGGUACUCUCUGAAAACCAGCAUCAUGAAACUUCGACCUGGCAACUUCAAAAUCAACCCCCUGGACGACCCCAAUGUUGUUCAUAAGGAUUAGAUCCUAAAACUGCUGGUUUUUAGGCAGAAAAGCUCUGCACUAUAAAAAAUAACCCAAAAACUACAUUAGAGUACAGUGGUACCUCGGUUUUUGUUAGCUAUCCGUUCCAAAAGACGAAUCAAACUUUCCCAUUAGAAAUAAUGUAAAUCCAAUCAAGUCAUUCCAGACAGCCAAAAUUAUGAACACAAAUCAGGUUUAGUUGUGAACAAUUACAGUUUUACAUGCAGAAAACAAUGUGAAAUACAAAUAAAUGAUGAAUGAAAUGUAUUCAUAAACAAUAUUUACAUUUCACUUUUAUCUUUAUUGAAAACUCUUGUUGGCAAAGAAUUUGUACUUUGCUUCAAGUUCUUUCUUGAACUCAAUAGUGUUUCUCACCUUCUUUAUUAAAGUGCCGGCACAUACAACUUUCUUUGGUCCCAAGGUGGAUUAUUUUGAAGUCGCAAUUACUUAAAAAAGCUCAGAAACAAUGUCACUUAUGGGUGGAUUCUUUAAGUUCAUGAUACGCAGGCAAACUAGUUUGUUACAUCCCAUGUUUGGUUGUAUGAUAGCCUAGAUGGCGUACGAAAACCAGAGCAAAAUUUGGAGGAAAAUUUUGGUUGGAAGCCGUAUCAUCAAUGUUGGGUUAGUUACUGAAAACCAGUAACUAGUUACAGUUACUAGUUACUUUAUUUCAAAAGUAACUCAGUUACUAACUCAGUUACUUAAACCAAAAAGUAAUGCGUUAUUGUGAAAAGUAACUAUUUAAUUACUUAUAUAUAUUUUUUAAUUUUUUAAAGGCCCCAUUUAAUGCCCUUUUAGCCUUCAUUUCAAUAUUGUUAUUGCACUGGAGAAUAAUACAAUCUGUUGAUCAACUUGACAUGCAUUUGAAUCACUGAACUCUGCUAAGCAAUGUGGUCUACAUACA